AUGACGCAAGUCGGCAAAUGCGAUAUAUGCCGGAUGCGUAAAGUGAAGUGUGACGAAGCCAAACCCGGUUGUGGGCCUUGCCGCAAGAAGAAUCGCCCAUGUACAUAUACAUACGGAAGAGCGACUCUUUUCAUACGAGAGAAUCCCACCCGCUUUUCAAGCCAUGUCGGGCGCGGGAUACUACCCGUGUCAUCCUCGUCGAGCAGGUCCACCAGUCCACAUUAUGAUUCGGACUCGUCCAACGACUCUCCACAGGGGUUACAAUUGACCUCCUUGAAGGAGCUAGGCAGCGGACACGGCGUCUUCCAGAUUUUCACACUGACGCGCCAAAGGCCAAAGAAGGAGAGACACCUGCAGAGCAGCAAACAAAGAGCUCGUUCCACGCCCGCGGUACCCACUGUGCCGUCCCAUUUUCCACUUGAGAACCCACUUGCAGCUCGUUGUGCGAGUAUGUUUGGCCCUAGGACAUGGGAACAAGACUCACGUGCGCUGUUUGGAUCAUGGAUGGAAGCCAUCCCUUCCCGGAUAGGAUCAAGCCCAGUGCUUGAUACCGCCGUUGAAUUUGUGGUCAACAGUUUCGCUACGUACAGGGACCGCACUUAUUCUACACAAAGAGCGGCUUUAUUAUCAAGAAGUCGAGCCUUGAAGACCCUUCGGCAAGCGGUGGAGCGUUAUCAAGGCGGGCCAAGCUAUGACCUAGUCUUGGCCAUAAAACUGCACUCUUUUGCAGAGAUCUUCGUCACUGCGGAGACAUAUACAUGGACCACGCAUUGCAUAGGACUAUCUAGGCUUUUGAAUAUCGGUUCCACCAGAGGACUGGAUAUGAAGUAUCAUUGGAGCCUCAUGGACAGCAUUUACUUGGAUGAAGUUGCUGAAGCGCUGUUCAACGGCCGUCCGUCCUUCUUCGACACUUCGUCCAAUUUGACCAUGACAGGCGGAUCAGCGUUAUUCUCCGUGGCAUGCCCCGGCUACCAGCUCGAGGUAGUGGCCAUCAUGCAUUGCACCAUCCAGAUCCCUCGGCUAGCUUGUCUGGUGCGCCAAUCGAUUCUACAACCAGAGAGCACACACAUUCUUACGUCCGCAUUGUCUCUGGCCAACUCCAUUUGGGCACACCUGCCCACCAACAAGAUAGAGCAUCUGCUCGCAACCCAAGUCACACCUAUCACAAACCCUCCAGCACCGGAGAUUGGCGACAUAGUCGCUGAUACCCUGCAUUUCAAGGACCUCAAACAACUUCUGCUCUGCAUUCGCUACUGGUCCCUUUUAAUCCACAUUUCUGCCUUGGUUCAGAAUCUAUGGAGCCACUUCCCUGUGGCUUCCGCGUCCGCUGCUCUGCCCGACUUGCACACUGUUGAAAACGCUGAAAUACAGGCAGCCAAGUCCAUGGUACGAUGUCUUUCGUAUAGCGGCCUCUUCUCAAACUCCCUACCCCUUGUGCCUUUGCGCGUUCUUGGUCCGUUGGCGUUGUCGGUGGGUCCGUGGUAUCGGCUUGUGAAGCGGCAGACGCAGGAGUUGGAAACCCUGGAGGAGGAUACACUACAGUAUGCUUCCGUAUCAGAAGACUUGGAAAAAGCAAAUAGGAUGAUGGAUUGGGUGAUUGAACAAUGUAAUCGAGUCCAUGACGCGUGGAACGUUGGGAGGGCGGAUAGGACGCGUUUCGAGACAGUGAUACCGUGGAUGGCCGGGGAAGAACUGCCAGAUUGGAUACCAAACAAAGUUAGCUGGGAGGAAGCAAGGUUGCAGAUGAGGAGACAAGGUGUUGAUCGGUAA